UUUUAAUGGACGCAGAUUCCAUCGAGCGGAAGGAAACGAUCAUCAAUCGCGAUGUCAGCAGAGGACGACCUUUUGGUGGCGCGCAUCUGCGUCAUGAUCCUGCUGCCAGGCAUCACCUUCGUGCUCGGCAUGUUGCCCACCUGGCUCUCCAUCAUUUUCAAAUGGGACAAACAUGUCAUAUCGGGACUUCAGGGAAAGAGAGCGCAGUUUAUCUUUUCAAAACUGCUGUGUUUUGCGGGUGGCGUGCUUAUGGCCACAGUGUUCAUGCACCUUCUGCCAAGUUUGCGUGUCGACUGCGAAGAGCAAGUGACAAACGGAAAUUUACCCGAUGCUGGUCCUGCCCUCCCAUGGGCAGAGUUUUUGCUCAGUUGUGGAUUCUUCUUUGUUUAUCUGGUGGAAGAAGCCGCUCAUGCGUUUGUCCACUGGCAAAGCAAAGCCAAACACCCUGCGCCUGUCCAGCCGACCGCCCCAACACCGUGCAUUGAAGAAAUCCAGCAAAAUGUUACCGGAAUUCGACCUCAUGAAGAACAUGACGAAGAAAAGGUGCCCAUUGACGAAGAAACUACACCAAAUGGUCGUCACAGUUUGUCAAAUGGGCAUGGGCACAGUCACAGCGGCGGUGCCCAUAGUCAUAUCCCGCCUUCAGGAGCCACUGAUACCGUUUUGGCCAAUGUGAGAAAUAUCAUGACCAUCUUGGCCCUGUCCUUCCACUGCAUUUUCGAGGGCAUCGCCGUCGGAAUGGAGGAAACGGCGGGCGAGGUUUGGUACCUUUUCGGCGCCAUUUCCACCCACAAGUUCGUGAUUGCGAUAUGCGUGGGAAUCGAACUGCUCGCCUCAAAAACCAAAAGGAGUCUUGUCUACACUUACGUUUUUAUUUUUGGUUUUGUGAGUGCCGUUGGAAUUAUUGCCGGCUGGCUUAUUGCAACCACGGGAGCGGAAGGCGCGGACAAAAAUGCGGUAACGGUGACGAUGCAGGGCAUGGCUGCGGGAACCAUUGUUUACGUAACUUUCUUCGAAAUCCUGCAACGAGAAAAAUCAAACAACCAAAACGGGUUUUUGCAACUCGCGUCCAUCAUUCUUGGUUUCGCCACGAUGGUUGGAAUGAUGAGCUUAGCGCCAGAUCCAUAAGAAAUCCAGCAUGUGGACACUUUAUUCCUAAAACCACAAUAUUUUCAUUUUACGUGAAGGAAAUGCAUCCACAAGACUGAUCUGACUUCACUCAUCACUUGCACAUAAUCAUCCAGAAAUUAAAUAUCAUCUGUAAGUCUGAUUGCUUGGCAUAAGGUUCAGUGUCUCAUGUAGAGGCCAGUGUGCCUCUCAACAUUGACUUUUGGUGCCAAAUUUCAAUGCAACAAGUAUAACAUAUUAUGAAGGUGUUCUUCCAUCACAAAUUAUUUUUGUGAAAAUAAAAAUCUGAAAAAAAACGAAAUCAAA